UCCGACAUUUGCAUUCCCAUUUUCUGAAAAUGAGAAUGGCUGCGUCGAAGACGGAAUUUUCAUUCAAGGCGGUUUCCCAAUGAAAAUACCGGAACUAAAAUCCAACGUUAAUUGCCGCAUUAACUUUGGGGCACACUUCGUCUCCUUCACGUUGCGCCUCCUCGCUGCUGUGCUCCCUUCUUGCUGCUCCUCUCCGUUUUCGCCCUUUUCGCAAGUAAAGUGCUAGCGUCCUUCUUCACGAUCGUCAUCAACUCUCCAAGCCUUCGCCUUCUCUCGCAGCCCUCCGAAGAUGGAACAUGCUGACGAUGAAUGCUCUGGGGAUGGAGAACGUCAUGCCAAACAAGGCGAUGAGGAGGCAGUGGCACGUCUUGAGGAGCUUAAGAAGUCAAUUGAGGCGAAAGUUGCUCUACGUCAAAGCAACUUGAACCCUGAUAGGCCAGAUUCAAGCUUUUUGAGGACUCUAGACUCCAGUAUAAAACGUAAUACUACUGCCAUAAAGAAGCUGAAACAGAUCAAUGAGGAGCAACGAGAAUCACUUAUAGAUGAGUUAAAAGCAGUUAACUUGAGCAAAUUCGUUAGUGAGGCUGUUGCAGCUAUAUGUGAUGCCAAGCUCCGAACUUCAGACAUACAAGCAGCUGUCCAGAUAUGCUCGUUGCUCCAUCAAAGGUACAAGGAUUUUUCACCGAGUCUGAUUCAAGGGCUCUUGAAAGUGUUUUUGCCUGCAAAAUCUGGAGAGGAUUUGGAUGGAGAUAAAAGUUCGAGGGCUUUGAAGAAGCGGAAUACAUUAAAACUUCUUAUGGAGCUCUAUUUCGUUGGGGUUACAGAGGACACCAGUAUUUUUGUGAAUAUUAUAAAGGAUCUAGCCAGCAUGGAGCAUCUAAAAGACCGAGACACUACACAGAUGCAUCUAUCUCUAAUUGCCAGUUUUGCUCGUCAAGGAAGAAUUUUUCUUGGACUUGCUCAAUCAGGACAAGAUAUAAAUGAAGAGUGUUUCAAGGAUCUCAACAUUACAGCAGACCAAAAGAAGGCUUUUCGCAAGGCAGUUUUUUCAUAUUAUGAUUCUGCAACUGAUCUACUUCAAUCAGAACAUGCAUCACUUCGUCAAAUGGAACAAGAGAAUUCAAAGAUCUUAAAUGCUAAAGGAGAACUGAGUGAGGAAAAUGUGACCUCGUAUGAGAAGCUGCGGAAAUCCUAUGACCACCUGCUUCGCGGUGUUUCUUCUUUGGCAGAAGCUCUUGAUAUGCAACCACCAGUGAUGCCAGAGGAUGGUCACACAACUAGGGUAACCUCGGGUGAGGAUGCUGGAUCAGCAGCUAAUGCAAAAGAAUCGUCUUCCCUGGAACCUAUAUGGGACGAUGAUGACACAAAAGCCUUCUAUGAAUGUUUGCCUGAUCUGAGGGCAUUUGUUCCUGCUGUCUUAUUGGGAGAAGCAGAAUCUAAAGCAAGUGAACGAUCUCCCAAGCCACAGGAGCAACAACAGGAUUCAACAUCAGACAUGGACCAGGGAUCUACAACACAAGAAAAUGCAGAGGUCUUAUUGGAUUCAGAAGGUUCUCAUGGAGCAAAAGCAGAUGAGAAAGCUAAGGAGGAGAAGGAGAAAGAUAAGGAUGAAAAGGAAAAGCUAAAGGAAGGUUCAAUUGAGAGAAAAGGUGAAAAUGAGAAAGACAAAGUGAAAGGCCUUGAUGGGACAAGUCUGGACAGUUUAUUGCAAAGGCUUCCUGGUUGCGUGAGCCGUGACCUUAUUGAUCAAUUGACGGUGGAGUUUUGCUACUUAAAUUCCAAAUCAAACAGAAAAAAACUGGUCCGAGCAUUAUUUAAUGUUCCUAGGACCUCACUAGAGCUGUUGCCGUACUAUUCUCGCAUGGUAGCAACACUAUCAACGUGCAUGAAGGAUGUCUCAGCUAUGUUAUUGCAACUUUUGGAAGAAGAAUUCAAUUUCCUGAUAAAUAAAAAGGAUCAAAUGAACAUUGAGACAAAGAUUAGAAACAUAAGGUUCAUCGGGGAGCUAGCAAAGUUUCGAAUUGCAUCUCCAGCACUUGUUUUCACCUGUUUGAAGGCAUGUUUAGACGAUUUCACCCAUCACAACAUUGAUGUUGCAUGUAGCCUGCUUGAAACAUGUGGACGUUUCCUCUAUCGAUCUCCUGAAACAACUAUACGCAUGGCCAACAUGUUAGAGAUAUUGAUGAGGUUGAAGAAUGUUAAAAAUUUAGAUCCUCGUCAUAGUACUCUUGUGGAAAAUGCUUACUACUUGUGCAAGCCACCAGAGAGAUCUGCUCGAGUCUCAAAAGUUCGCCCUCCUUUGUAUCAAUAUAUAAGGAAGUUGAUCUUCACUGACCUGGAUAAAUCUUCUAUUGAGCACAUAUUGCGUCAACUACGCAAAUUACCAUGGGGUGAAUGUGAACAAUAUAUUUUAAAAUGCUUUAUGAAAGUUCAUAAAGGAAAAUAUAGUCAAGUUCAUCUGAUUGCAUCGCUUACUGCCGGUCUGAGCCGUUAUCAUGAUGAUUUUGCUGUUGCAGUUGUUGAUGAGGUCUUGGAAGAAAUCAGACUUGGAUUGGAGUUGAAUGAUUAUGGGAUGCAGCAGCGGCGUAUUGCACAUAUGCGGUUUUUGGGAGAGCUGUACAAUUAUGAACACAUUGAUUCAUCUGUAAUUUUUGAAACACUGUAUUUGAUUAUCACUUUUGGUCAUGGGACUUCCGAGCAAGACAUACUGGACCCACCUGAGGAUUGUUUCCGCAUCAGGAUGAUAAUAACUCUUCUUCAGACAUGUGGGCACUACUUUGACCGUGGUUCUUCCAAGAGAAAGCUUGACAAAUUCCUGAUAUACUUUCAAAGAUAUGUUCUUAGUAAAGGGUCCAUACCUUUGGAUAUUGAAUUUGACAUUCAGGACCUAUUCGCAGACUUACGUCCAAACAUGACUCGCUAUUCAUCUGUUGAAGAAGUAAAUGCAGCAUUAACUGAACUAGAGGAGCAUGAUCGAAAUGCUGCUAUGGACAAAGCGAACAGCGAGAAGCAUUCAGAUACAGAACCUCGCAAAUCCACAAUCCGUCCUUCUGCCUCCAUGACAGAAAAUGGCCAAAGACCUUCAAAUGGGAUUGAUGACAGUGGUGUGGGCCCUGAGGAUGCAGUCAGUGUGAGUGAUUCUGAAAGUGGGAGCAUUGAUCCUGAUGGUCAAGAUGACGAAGAUUUAUACGAAUACAAGUCAGAGAAUCAUGACGAUGAGUGUGAAGAGGAAGAAGAAGAUGAAGAUGCUGGUGAACCCACGGCUACUGAUGAGGAUGAUGAUGUCCCUGUGAGGCAGAAGCCAGUUGAUAUUGAUCCACAAGAACAAGCUGAUUUUGACCGUGAGUUUCGGGCACUAAUUCAGGAGAGUUUGGAGUCACGCAAGCUAGAAUUACGGGCCCGACCCACACUAAAUAUGAUGAUACCAAUGAAUGUAUUUGAAGGGGUCAAAGACCAUACAAGGAAUGCGGAUGGGGAGAGUGGAGAUGAAACAAUGGAUGAAGAGGGAAGUGGAGGCAGUAGCAAGGUUCCCGUGCGUGUUCUUGUGAAAAGAGGGAACAAACAGCAGACCAAGCACAUGUACAUCCCUCGGGAUUGUUCACUUGUUCAGAGCUCCAAGGAGAAGGAGGCAGCUGAGUUGGAAGAGAAACAGAAUAUCAAGCGGCUUAUUCUGGAAUACAAUGACAGAGAAGAGGAGGAGUUUCCAAGUGGAGUAGCCCAACCUAGUAACUGGACACCGGCGAAUGCUGGGAUUGUCAGUAGACCUGCUGGUAGAGGCAUGUGGGAUGGAGCAGGCAGGACUGGCCUGCCACGCCAGAAACAUCAUUCUUCCCAUGGAAGCGGUUAUAGUCGGAGAAGGUAAAGAUGGCAGAACGUUGUGGAUAAUGGGUCGAUGACGGUUUGAUGGUAGACAAAAACCUAAGUGAUGGGCUACCUCAUUGCAGUGGGCUAUCUCAUUUCAGUUUGCACCGACUGCCAAGAUGGAUGAGUCCUGUGAAGCCUAUCGUAUCUCAUUGCUGGUUUUACUGGGUGUUCAUGUCAAUGCCGAGAGUUGGUUGAGGUGCAAGGCUGGUCUUCUAUUCUGACAAAAACAUGAUGGUGCUGAACGAGCCAAGAUCACUGAUAGCCAGACCAUCAAUAAUUCCUUUUUGAAGGCUUUAUAAGUUGGAUCAACGUGAAGCUGUUCUGUUGAAAUUUGAUAAGCAGUGGUCCCUUGUGUUAUGAAAAUGUAGGGUUGGACACUAGCUUUUGUUGUCCUGCCUCAGAUAUCCAUAUUGCACUUCAUAUUAUUGUACAGUUUUGUCGGGAAGGAGUGAGGUUUCUCAGAGGAUAGUGAUAUACUAAUAAUAUGUACAGUCCAUGUCUUGCCAUGCGCCUGCAAUCUUCAUCUGUUGUCUCGAUACAAGUGAAAACCAACCCUUUCUAUGAUUGUUGAUGACUUGCUAAGCGCCACUAUCAUUUACUGCGGUUCUGAACUAGGUAUUGUGUACAAUGUCUCGGCUAAUAUGUCUUGUAGAAGUUCUCCCUCCCCACUUUCAAUAACUGUCUCCAUGAAUGCAUUCUUCAUGCUUUACUAUCAA